AUGUCCUUCAGCUUCGGCCAGGCGACCGACGGCCGCUCGAGUUUCUCGCUCCCUACGAGCGCCGCGGCGCCUCCUUCGGCCUCGACGUCUUCUUCUGCGUCUUCUGCAGGUAAUUUCAGCUUUGGCGCGACCGCGGGGGGCGUCUCGACGCCGUCAGGAGCUCCGUCCAGCGGCUUCUCCUUUGGCGCAGCGACUUCGAAGGCGCCAGCAGCUCCUGCGACCUCUUCCGGCUUUGGAUUUGGUACAAGAAGUGGUACAAACAGCACGUCGACAGCAGCAGCAGCAGCAGCUCCAAGCACAAGCGGGUUCAACUUUAGUGGGACGUCGAAAGCGCCGUCGUCGGGCUUUAGCUUUAGCGCCCCGGCGACUGCUGCGGCUACUGCUGCUACUUCAGCGUUUGGGCUGGGGACGAAGCCAGUGGCAGAUGAAGUUACGGCGCCGGCUGGGCUGAACAGUACGGGAGCUGCUUCGAAAGCUCCUACUUUGACGACGACGUCGACGACUCUGGGUGGGUUUACUUUCGGAGCAACGAGUGGAACGCCAGCACCGGUUGCUGCUACUUCAGAAGGGACGAAGCCCGCGACGACGACGUCCACGGGGUUUUCGUUUGGUGGUGCCAUUUCUACUUCAGCAGCACCAGCAGCCAGUGGUGAAGAGAGCAAGAGCGAGGCAACGACGACCUCGAUAGUGCCGUCGUUUGGAUUUGGCAUGUCGACAGCUACUUCCGGUGCUAGUGGAGCACUGACCCCAGCAGCUACGUCGACGGCAACGACCACAGCUAUGACUACUUCUACGACUACUGCUACUUCAAGUCCAGUUGCAGAGACGGAGAAGCCUCCUGCUGAGUACAUGGGUCGAACUAUUGAGGACAUUAUUAAUGCGUGGAGCGAGCAGCUCGAGCGCAAUGCUGACACCUUUACUACCGAAGCUGUGAAAGUGAGCAAAUGGGAUAGCGACCUUCUGGAUAGCCAGAGAAAGUUGGGGGACAUUGCUGGUGACGUGCGGCGUAUUCAAGUCGCGCAGAACGAGUUAGAUUCGAACCUCGACACGAUCUUUGCGUACCAGAUGGAGCUGAAGUCGACGCUUGAGCAACUGGAAAAGAGUGUGGACAAGAUGUAUGAGUCGCAGCAUCAGAUGCCCGUGGCCGCCGACAUUGAGCGUGAGCAGACGCUGCAGUUGUCGGUGGAUCUCGACGACCAGCUGAACUCGAUGACGACGACGUUGAAAGAGACGGUCGAGAAAUUGAAUAAGGCCCAGGACGACGCAGCUGAUGAGAACAAUCCAAUGGUGCAGAUCAUGAAGGUACUGAACGUACACCACAAUUCGCUGCAGUGGAUCGAAGGCACCACUGGUCGGAUCGAUAGUGAAAUUGCACAGCUGUCGAGUAAGCUGCAGAAUUCGUCAAUUUAA